AUGCUGUCGUCACGUAAUCAUUUAAUUGCCUUCGUUGUGGUGACAACAUUAGUUUGUUUAACAGUAUGCCAGGAGUCUUCGUUUCUGGCCUCGAUAUCUAGUUCAAACAACCAACUUCAGUCGGCAAACGGAACGAGCUUGAACAACGAAACCAUUACAAUUAACAUUAGUGAAAUAAUUGCAGCGGCUGAAGCGGCAUCAAAUGCCACAGAAUCCUCCAGCACUACCUCGACAACUACAGAGCCUACCUCGACUUCAACAGCAUCUUCUGCAACAUCUACAGCAGCACCAACGAGCACGUCCACUACACAAGCAGGUAUCACCACAUCCACAAGUACACAGUCGACAUCGACCACGUUGGCAGACACAUCCACCACACAAGCUUCAACCACAACAGCGACACAAAUUCCGACAACAAUACAACCAACCAUUACAACGACACAAGCUGCAACAACAACACAACUACCUACCACUAGUACUUCAACAACCAUUACAACACCCCAAAGCUCAACAACAACUACUCAGACUUCAACCGGAGCACAGUCAUCAACAACUACACCAUCUUCCACAAUAUCCACUACAGAAACACCAACCACAACAGAACCACAAUCUUCAACAGUCGUUCAAACUUCAACAACAACACUACAACCCACAACUUCAACAUCAACUUCUACCACAUCUACGCAAGCUCCGAUAACAACAACAACGUCCACAGCUACACAAACUACAACGACUACACCACAACCACAACCAACACCAACAAACACCACGCAGACCUCGACAACUUCACCGCAACCAACAGCAACCACUACUCCACAACCUCCAACCACAACUGUACCUACAACGACAACAACAACUACACAAACAUCAACAACACCACAGUCCGAAAUAACAACCACUCCGGCAGCAACGACCACGAGCACCACUGAAACUGCAACAACAACAAUUGCUCAGAGCACCACCACAUCUACAACAACCACAUCAACACCAGUAGCUUACACCGUUUACACCAUGGAGCCAUAUCCGAAUAUAUAUAGCCGGUCGAACGAAAUUGGCAAGCCACAGCGAAAAUUGCGAAGGGGGCGUAAAGGGCGCAGAGGCAGGAGGCCCCGUCGUCGCACCACCCCGGCACCACUGACAUCCAGCACCACCACAACAACAACAACCGUCAGAACGACGUUGAGUGGCUUUGACGACUUCAGCGAGGACUACGACGAUCUCGUCCUCAACUCGAACAACGUAUUGGAACCAUUUCCACAAUUGCCCCUCGAUUUAGGAAAUAUCGACAAUAAUAGAAUCCCUAAGUAA